AUGUCAACUAUUCAAGAUCUCACAACACAAACAUGCCUGGAAGCUCUUGAAGCUACUAUGGGAAAUAACAUUCCUUUGGAAAACAUUGGCCAUUUACUGGCUGGAGAACAAGAGAUAGGACAAGUACCCAAUGACAAGACUCUUCAAGACAUUAGACGUCCUGGUGGAAGUGUUCCUGGCAACUCUUGGAAACUUUUGGCCGUAGCAAUCUAA